AUGUCCCAAACGCCUAAAGAUAGCAUUCCCCAUCGUAACAACAGGGGUAGUUUAUUCCUUCCAUAUACCCCAUUGACAACCCCAAGGUUGAAUAGUACGUUAUCAUCUGCAAACGAGAGCUUUGAAGAUUCGCCGUCUUCUACAAAGAGUAAAACAUGGAAGGGCAAGUUUUCGAAGUUUCAAAGAAGUAGUGCCAGAAAGAAAAAGAAUGAAUCUCCCUCAUCUGCCUUCACAUUUUCUCCCAUAACACGUUCUGCCACCUCAUUAUCGCCCUCAAAUAAUAUAAUAACUACACCAUCGACGUCACAUCCCGACAAUCACCCUUUUAGAACAUCAUCAUUACCAAGACCAAAUUCUCAGCUUUUCAAUUCGGGCUCCAGAAGCGUUUCGAAUGCAUUAUCGGAGUCUAAAGGGUUACGGGAUGAAGUUCCUAUUUCAAGCACAGUACCAUUCGGCCUUCCUGUACCAUCUGCAUCAGAAAAGAAGUCGUUUUUAAAUGCUUGCUGCACCCUGUGUGAAGAACCAAUAUCUAAUCGAACUAAUGGUGAAAGAGUGAUCGAAUUAGUCUGCCGCCAUUUAAUACAUCAGGAGUGUCUCUGCGUUUCCUUUGAGACCUCAGCCCCAUCAAAUAACAGUGAUAUGUCUUCGAAUUUCCCCGAGUGUAGCAAGUGUUUGACAGAAAGACAAAGAACUGUCAAAUGUGUUCCUAAAAAUGAUGAAAUCAUGGAUAAACUGGUGUCUGAAUUUCUGAUAAAACGAUCAUUUUCAGACUCUCCAACCUUAACUCAUCCACAAUUUUCCCUUUCCACUCCUAUUAUAUCGCCAAUACCGUCACCAGUACAACAAAUAGAACGCCAAUCACUUAUACAACCAACACCGGUCUCAACAUUAGGAUCGCUAGCAUUUCCAUUACAGGAUGCUCCAGCAACAAGGUCAAGAAUGACGCCUCUAGGAAAUACUAAUCGUUUUUCGUUCUUUCCUUCUUCCCAUAAUAGAGAUGCCUCACUUUCUUCAAAAUCUACUAGAGGAACUGAUUUUUCUGUAUUGCAUAAUAGCUUAAAUAACACAUCUAAUUCAUUUUUAUCGAACGAAAAUGUCCCAGUUCCAUUACUUAGAUCAUACUUUUUGGAGGCAUUUUUAAGUAAACACGAUAAAGUACCCGGGUGGAAACUGGAUUCCUUGUUUGGUUUACUACGAUUAGUUGAUCGAUUGAUGGUUUCAACAGACGGUAAGAUAUUUAAAGAAUGUUGGUGCUAUUUAUUUGAACAUGGAAUAAUUAUUGCUUUUACAGACGAAAGCAAAAGCGUAACGAACAGUGACAAUAUCGUUCUGGAGGCCACUUUCACUAAUAUCAAGAUGUUUGCACCAAUUGUAAAUAUUAAAGUUGAUACAGUUGAAUCUUCUGUACUUAAAUGUACCAUAUCUCAGCAUAACAAAUCAGAAAAUGACAUUCUCUUCCUAACAGAGACUUUGAAUACAGAUUCCAGCCAAAUCAUACAAAAAUGGAUAUCUGGAUUACUAGAUCCAGAAUUAUCCUUUAACGAAUAUAAUUUUACAUCCACUCUACCACUUCCUCCUGUAAUGAAGAACAUUUCCCAGAAUGAUGCAAGUAGUGACACGUUUACGGGUUUAAUUAGCAGCAAUAAAAUUCUGGAAUUAACGAGCAUGGAAAAUAAGCAUGGGAGUGUCAUGAUUAGAAGGGGACUCACAUUGCCGAAUGAUGAGAAUACUAUUGAUAAUAUGGCAACCAUGAUGACGACCAUUAGUUCUAUCUUGUCCUUGAAGAGAGAAAGACCAGAUGAUCUCGUCAUUAUUUUCCAGAUCGACUUCUUUAAGGUAAAAAAUAACGAUGAUAUACUGAAUUUCUAUAAUAUUCUAAAAGCACUGCUUUUGAAGUUUCCAGAGUGUAAAUUUUGUGCUGUUAAUACGGCAGGAUUUAUUAUAGAUUAUGGUCUAAUCACUGAAAAAGUUGAAGGUCCCGAUUAUUUCCAAGUGAUAAACAAAGUCGACGGGACAAUUAAAUUCGAACCAACAUGGUUGAAGUCUCUAUUAUUUCCCCAAGAAAUAAGACAUAAUGUUGCAAUUGUUAUUGUCUCAAACAGUAGUAUGGAAGCAGAUAAAAGUUGUUUGCUAAUGGAUUAUAAUCCAUUCGCCAGCAAUGGACGAAGAAGACCUAACGAACUCAAAGUCAAGGUAGGUUAUUUGAAUAUUGAUUAUAGUGAUAAAAUCAAUGAAUUGAUAGAAAUAGAUUCGUGGAGCGUCUUAUUGGAGGCUUUAUGCUAUAGCUUUACUUUGAAUUUUGAUGAAGAUGAAGGAAGUGAGUAUGACGAAUCAACGGAUUCUACUUCGGUGUCUGACGCACAGUCUCUAACCACCCUUCAAAUUUCAACACCAAUUAACAACGGAAAUUCUGACUCUCUUUCACCUCUUGAGCUGGGCCAAGAACUUAAAGCGUUAACCGUUAAUGGCAGAACAGCAAAGGCUUCUGGCAAGAGUGAAAUAUCGGAUAUUACAAAGCCAGCUAAGCCAUUAAACACAGAUGCUAGCCUUAACAACGCCCUAUUAAAUGACAUUGAUAAGGCAAUAGCAGAAUUAAAUCGUGAUGACCUUUUAUCGCCAACUACAAAAAAUAGUAGUGAGGGGAGUAUACAAAGUGAAUUUUAUGGCUAUUUAUAG